UGGGGUUCGAGCUGCGCGGCCUCAGCAGCUGCGGGAGACGGAAGUGGUGAGAGCGCUGUUUUGGAGGGUCGGGCGGACACUGCCUGGUGACUAACAGACAGUCAGGACCCUCACCCCGGUAGAAUGGGUGAGGAGGGCCCCCCCAGCCUGGAGUACAUCCAAGCCAAGGAUCUGUUUCCCCCCAAGGAACUAGUGAAGGAGGAGGAAAACCUUCAGGUACCCUUCACAGUGCUGCAGGGUGAGGGAGUGGAGUUCCUGGGUCGGGCUGCUGAUGCUCUCAUUGCCAUUUCCAACUACCGACUGCAUAUCAAGUUCAAGGACUCUGUCAUCAACGUCCCCCUCCGGAUGAUUGACAGUGUGGAGAGCCGUGAUAUGUUCCAGUUACACAUUGCUUGCAAGGACUCCAAAGUGGUCAGGUGCCACUUCUCUACUUUCAAGCAGUGCCAAGAGUGGCUCUCUAGGCUAAGCAGGGCCACAGCAAGACCUGCCAAGCCUGAGGAUCUGUUUGCCUUUGCCUAUCAUGCCUGGUGCCUAGGGCUGACUGAGGAGGACCAGCACACCCAUCUGUGUCAGCCUGGAGAGCACAUACGAUGUCGGCAGGAGGCAGAGCUGGCGAGGAUGGGCUUUGACCUACAGAAUGUCUGGAGAGUCUCACAUAUCAACAGCAACUACAAGUUGUGUCCCAGUUACCCCCAGAAGCUGCUGGUUCCUGUGUGGAUCACAGAUAAAGAACUGGAGAAUGUAGCUUCCUUUCGCUCUUGGAAGCGUAUCCCUGUGGUUGUGUAUAGACACCUGCGCAAUGGGGCUGCCAUUGCCCGCUGCAGCCAGCCUGAGAUCAGCUGGUGGGGUUGGCGCAAUGCUGAUGAUGAGUAUCUCGUUACAUCCAUUGCCAAGGCUUGUGCCCUGGAUCCAGGGACAAGGGCCAGUGGGGGCUCCCUCAGCACCGGGAAUAAUGAUGCCAGUGAGGCAUGUGACACUGACUUCGAUUCUUCCCUGACUGCAUGCUCAGGGGUGGAGAGCACAGCAGCACCCCAAAAACUGCUGAUCCUGGAUGCGCGCUCCUACACAGCAGCAGUAGCUAACCGGGCCAAGGGUGGAGGCUGUGAAUGUGAAGAAUACUAUCCCAACUGUGAGGUUGUGUUUAUGGGAAUGGCCAACAUCCAUGCCAUCCGGAAUAGCUUCCAAUACCUCCGGGCUGUGUGUAGCCAGAUGCCAGAUCCCAGCAACUGGUUAUCUGCCCUGGAGAGUACCAAGUGGCUGCAGCACUUGUCAGUGAUGCUAAAAGCAGCUGUACUUGUGGCUAAUACAGUGGACCGGGAAGGCCGGCCUGUGUUGGUGCAUUGCUCUGAUGGCUGGGACCGCACGCCGCAGAUUGUAGCCCUGGCCAAAAUAUUACUGGACCCAUAUUACAGGACAUUGGAGGGCUUUCAAGUGUUAGUAGAAUCUGACUGGCUGGAUUUUGGGCACAAGUUUGGGGAUCGCUGUGGCCACCAGGAGAAUGCAGAGGACCAAAAUGAACAAUGCCCCGUGUUCCUCCAGUGGCUUGAUUCUGUUCAUCAGUUACUUAAGCAGUUCCCCUGCCUGUUUGAAUUUAAUGAAGCAUUCCUGGUAAAACUGGUGCAGCAUACGUACUCCUGCCUCUAUGGCACGUUCCUGGCCAACAAUCCCUGUGAACGAGAAAAGCGCAACAUCUAUAAGCGGACAUGCUCUGUGUGGGCUCUCCUGCGAGCUGGCAAUAAGAACUUCCAUAACUUCCUCUACACACCCAGCUCAGACAUGGUUCUGCAUCCUGUUUGUCAUGUCCGGGCCCUGCACCUCUGGACAGCUGUUUAUCUGCCAGCAUCAUCCCCGUGCACACUUGGAGAGGAAACUAUGGAUCUUUACCUUUCCCCAGUGGCUCAGAGCCAGGAGUUCUCUGGUCGAUCUCUGGACAGGUUACCUAAAACCAGAUCCAUGGAUGACCUCCUUUCUGCCUGUGACACAAGCAGCCCCCUCACUCGAACAUCCAGUGAUCCUAACCUUAAUAACCACUGCCAGGAGGUCAGAGUCAGCCUGGAGUCCUGGCACAACAACCCUGAGGGCUCAGAGACAGCCUUUGUGGAACCUGGGGUAGGAGGUCCUCAGCAGAGCUUAGGAGAAAUGGGCCUUCCCGCUCUUCCCAGUAACCAGAAAGAUUAUUUGAGCAAUAAACAUUUCAAGGGUCACAAAAGCUGUCCUCUAAAUUAUAAACUGCUUAACACUGCUGUGUCCCGGGAAAUGAAGAACAACACCUCUGACACUGGCAUCAAAGUUCUGGAAGAAACUACAGUACCAGCUCUAGAACCUCCUGCCCAGGAUGAGCUGUGUAGGACUUUCAAUGGCUUAGGGGGGUCACCUGAACAUUGUCUGGAAACAGAAACUGUCAGUGCACUCUCUACAGUUGUUCCUAGCAAGUGUGAUGGAACCUGUAAUUUUCCUGAGUCUUCUCAGGACUCCCUUACAGGUGUCCCCCAGAAGGCACAGCUAGACUCCAUGAUAGAUGUGCCCACCAGAGGUGUUCUGGAUUACAGUCUGGGCAGCCUUUGUAGUGUACCAAAUGCUCCCUGCCAAACUGCUCCAGAGCCAAGUACUGACUUCCUCAACCUAGAUCCCUCAGGGUCUACAGCAAGUAUCUCCCACCAACAACAGCCCAGUUCUGUGCCAGACGUGAUUGAUAGGGAGGAGGACACUGGCAAGAAAGGAAAUACUAAGAAUGGACAGUUAUUGGAAAAUCAUCGCUUUGGGAAAAUACCAUUAGAAUUGGCCCGAAAGCCAAUUUCUCAGAGCCAGAUCAGUGAGUUCUCUUUUCUAGGGUCCAACUGGGACAGCUUCCAAGGGAUGGUGACUUCAUUCCCAAGUGGGGAGACAACCCCUAGGAGGCUGCUUUCCUAUGGCUGUUGCAGCAAAAGAUCGAGCAGUAAGCAGGUGCGGGCCACAGGGUCCUGCUUUGGGGGCCAGUGGGCUCAAAGAGAAGGUGUAAAGUCACCUGUCUGUUCUAGUCAUUCCAAUGGACACUGUACUGGACCAGGAGGAAAAAACAACCGGACGUGGUUGUCUGGUCACCCAAAGCAAGUCUCUAGCACAAAGCCUGUCCUUCUGAGCUGCCCUUCUCCAGUGCCUCCUUUCUACUUGGAUGAUGACGGACUCCCCUUUCCCACGGAUGUGAUCCAGCAUAGAUUACGGCAAAUUGAAGCAGGGUACAAACAAGAAGUGGAGCAGCUCCGGCGACAAGUGCGUGAGCUCCAAAUGAGGCUGGAUAUCCGUCACUGCUGUGCCCCUCCAGCAGAGCCUCCUAUGGAUUAUGAGGAUGAUUUUACGUGUUUGAAGGAGUCAGAUGGCAGUGAUACGGAGGAUUUUGGCUCUGAUCACAGCGAAGACUGCCUUUCAGAAGCAAGUUGGGAACCUGUUGAUAAGAAGGAAACUGAGGUGACUCGUUGGGUUCCAGACCAUAUGGCAUCACAUUGCUAUAACUGUGACUGUGAAUUCUGGUUGGCCAAACGAAGACAUCAUUGCAGAAAUUGUGGGAAUGUAUUUUGUGCUGGAUGCUGCCACCUGAAGCUGCCCAUUCCUGAUCAACAACUCUAUGACCCAGUUCUUGUCUGUAACUCAUGUUACGAACACAUCCAAGUAUCUCGUGCCAGGGAACUCAUGAGCCAGCAUCUGAAGAAACCCAUCGCUACAGCUUCCAGUUGAAUGCCAGAGGAGAUGACCUGUCCAAUUUUAACAGGUUUGAAGGGAGGAUCUGCUUCAGGUGUAGUUUGGAAGAUUCCUAGGUGUGAGGCUCAUGAAAUCACAGAGCUCAAAGAUACCGUCUUGAGAGAUCCUCCUUGGUACCAUGAGGCUGGAGCAGAGGAAUUUCAAUUUGGCAGGAGGUCUUCUACUGGAGAUAACCCUCACCUUGGGGUAAUGGUCCCAAUCUAGACCCAGAGUCUGGGUCUUAAUGUUGAGUUUGUGACUCCAGCAUCUUUCUCCUGUGGGGGAGUCACAAGAUGAUUUCAUAGAUAACUGCCUGGUGCAAAGAGCCCAAACAGCAAUAGAAAGGCAUACGUAUAACCAAACUUCAAGUGAUAAGAGACCCAUUUCUCCUCCACCUUGAAAAAGCAGAUUAUAGUAUACAAGAUAGGACUUCCUAUCCUAUUUGAGACGAACUCUAUUCCGUACCUCUGUGCUCUGUGUCUGUGCAUGAAGGCUCAGUCUUUAGAGGCACUCCCUCUAGUUGCAUUAGUACUGUUUUUUCUGUGGGGUUUGGUUUAAAGAUUGGUUUGGCAAGUGGAGAUUUCAAUGUAUUUUUCACUUGGCUCAUUGGCCAGCAUCAGUGAAUAUUCAUUUUAGAAGGACAAUUCUAGGGAAUGAGACAUUUCUGGGAGCAGAGGAAAAACUGUUGAUGCUUAGUCUUGGCAAAAAUCAGUUAUUUUGAGCUUCAUAGGCAGUCGUCACUCUAUUACAUGGUGACAGCUCUUGAGGUAUGCGCUGUGAAGAAGGAAAAGAGAAGGGAAAAACAAAAGUUAUGCUUGUGAAAUAUCUGCUGAUUGUGCCCUACCCUUCGCGCCUGACUUUUCCUAGUUGUCCUGGUGCUAACACAGGAGCUACACCUUGAUCCUCUCCUGGCAUGAAAAUAAAACAAAGAUUUUUAUUGUUCCAUUGCCCACUUCCCCCAUGUUGUCUUUCCCUUGGCUGCUGCCUCCUCUGGGUCACACUGCUUCUUAUCCUGAACACUUGACACCUUGAGGGUAGAAUCUAGCGUUUGUUUUUACCUCCUCAAAUAAUGCUGUUUGGUAUGUGAGGGUUUCCGUAAAAAUGCUGCUGUCUAUUUCUGUGCACUUAACAAUGGAACCCAAACCGAAGAGAAUAGAGCCUUGAUACCAAAAUUGGGAGAGAAAAUGUGUCCAUUUGGACCAAACAAUUUUUUUUAAUUUUUUUGUUUUGAUUUUUUUUUCAUCUUAAUAUGUACCAGUGGCACUUAACCAAAAGAUACAGUGAUAUAGCCAUGUACUGUGGUUGGGACAGAUGAAGUCUCCUUGGCCUAUAAUGAAACUACUAGGAUUUCUUACAUUCAUUUUUCUUUCAUUCAUUGAUGUAUAAAAAGUAAAUUACGUUUAGGCCUAUACUGUUUUAAAAUUAUGGUAGCUGUCAUCCUCACUGCUACUUUUACAUUGCUCUCUAGAAAAGUCAUUCCAAAAUAACUAGCAUCUACAUUUACAACAAGAAUUAUUUGUCCUGACCUUUUCCUUAGUCCUACAGAGAAGCAUCUGUGCUUCUUCAUACAUGUCAUGGAUGUAACCUAAAAAGUUUUGGCGUAUUUAGGUCAGCCUAGCAGAACUUUUUUUUUUUUUUCAUAUAAAUGAAGUUGGAUAAUGGAGAUUUUGUGUCUGGGAAAUUCCUGAGAUCAUGAAAAAGUAACAAAUUAUUUCCUGUGUCUUACCUAAAAUUAUUUUAAGCAUUUUUCUCAAUCAUUUCAAUUUGUUGACAGUCAUGAGUGGCUUUUUAAGUUAAUUGAUUUUCAUUGCACUUCACUCUGCCUGUUUUCAGGGAGAUUGGUAACACUGAGGAGACUGUAUCUGCCUACUUUGGCUGUUUUGAGGGACUGUCCCAAAUGAACAAACUGCAUGGCCUUGGAGAGAAACUCUGGGCUCUUGGUUCAGAUGUGUUCAUCAAAUACUCCUUUCAGAGCUGUUGUGGGUGUCAGUGACAUGAUGUGGCCAAAAAUCCAAACUGUGCAGUUGCGUUGUGACAUGCAAUGUGCUGUAAAAAAAAAACAACUCAAUACAGUUUAAAUAAAAUCUCUA